AUGGACACCACCUUUAUUAUCGACUCGUCGUUGUGUGAAAGCGACAGCAACUGGCAGCGCUUGCUGAACUUUGUGCAAACGUUGGUCAGUUACUUUAAUGUGUCACCAUCAGGAGGUCGUAUUGCUGUGAUUCCAUACGGCUCGGACGCCAAAGUGUCUCUAAAGUUCGAUACAUUAACUGGAAACCGUCUCAACGGAGAGGAAGUCAACAGGAGAGUGGGCAACCUAGCGUGUCAGGGAGGAUCCAGACGAAUCGAUAAAGCCUUGGAAUUAGCAGACAAAGACGUUUUGAUCCCCUCUGCUGGAAUGAGAGAUGUAUCACGGGUAAGAAAUAUUUUCUGAGUUACUAGACGUUUCAACUGGCAUUUGUAGUUUUUUCUCUGUAGAUUGACUCUGUUAAUGAAGACAGCUUUUGAUAAUCAAACUUGGGGAGUCGAGGGAAAUGGCCUGUGUAUUUAGAAGGGGCUUUUGACCGGAGCUUGUUGAUCUACACAAGUCCGUGACCAGAAAUAAAUAGUUAAAAUACCCUGAAAAAAAAGAACUUUGUAGCUCACACUGAACAACACCGUAACAGUGCGUAUUCAUGGACUGAAAACGUAGGUUAUUGAUUUGUUUCCUUCCAGCCUGUUUUGGUUAUCACGACUGGAAAACAAACAGCAGACGAAGGAGUGUACACGCCUCUUGAUAUAGCUUCUUCUCGUCUCCAAGACAAAGGAGCAGCCGUUUUUGUCCUUGGUAUAGGGAAAGACGUUGACCCUUCGGAACUUAAGCAAAUUGCUUCUGGACCAAAUAAUGUCUUUACCGUGGGAUCAUUCGAUGACUUGGAUACCAAAGCUAACGAGGCCAAGAAAGGCAUAUGUGUGUUAGGUAUUUGAAUCUCCUGCAUUGAUUGUCCACAUUAUCGCCCUAAUCUACAUAAAUACGCGGGAUCUGAUUUUGUUUCUGUUUUGUAGUGCCUCCAACACCAACCAUAACAGUGGGACCAACAACUCGAGGUAACUGAUUUCCGUGGUAUAUGAGGUUUGUCUGCAUUUUGUACAUAACGUUUCUGCUGAACGGGUGGUUUGCAGUUGUUGUGGAGAUAGCGCUGUAAUCCUCGUAGGCUAUCAGACGUAAAAGAAAAUCUGCAACUAGCGCAAGGCCUGUAGAGAAUGCCGCAUGGCUGGAAUGCACGAAGAACAUGCACCGUACCUUGAGUCUAAUUACAGUACUUUGUCUUUUCUGUUUCAGAAGAAAUAUGCCCAAUCCCUAUGGACACGACUUUCGUUAUUGACUCGUCUCUGUGUGAUAGUGAGAGCAAUUGGAAUCGCUUGUUGUACUUUGUGCAAACUUUGGUCAACUAUUUUAAUGUGUCACCGUCAGGAGGUCGUGUUGCGUUUGUUCCUUACGGUACUAAUGCUAGUGUAGUUCUGAAGUUUAACUCAUUAAGCGGAAUUAAUAUUAAUGGAGCAGAAGUCAAGAAACGACUUGAUGGCUUAAGAUGCCAGGGUGGUUUUAGACGAAUCGACAAAGCAUUGGAUCUUGUAGACAGGGAGGUGCUGACACCCGCUGGUGGACUGAGAGACAUUUCAAGGGUAAGUUGGAGAAGGAAGAAUAACCGCACAAAUUGA